AUGGUGAUUUAUUAUACAUAUAAAUGCUGGUCUGUUACUGGGUUCCUAGGUCCUUUGAUUAUUUUUCUUUACUUCUUUUUGGGUACCUUAGUUAGUCAAAAACUAGUCCAGCCUAUCGUUGGCGCUGUCUUUUUCAAGGAACUACAAGAAGGCAAUUUCCGUUAUCUCCAUGUUCGUUUGAGACAGUUUGCAGAAUCUAUUGCAUUCUGCGGCGGUGAAGAUGAAGAACACACAAGAGCACAAAAAAGCUUAGAUACAUUACUUGCUUAUCAACGCACUGUUGUGAACAAGGAGCUUCCUCUUGCCAUUGCCAAUCAGAGCUUUGCUUAUAUAGGUUCUAUCUUUAGCUAUCUAAUCAUUGCUAUCCCUAUUUUUACUGGUGCACUUGAUGGAAAGGAUGCCACUGAGCUGAGUAGUAUCAUUAGUGCCAACUCAUUUGUCUUUAUGUAUCUGAUCUUUUUGUUCACAAGUAUCAUUGAACAAUCCAGCAAGUGUUCUGACCUUGCAGGCUAUACAGCUCGUAUUGGUGAAAUUUUAGAGACAUUUGACUCUGUAUCCUAUACACUCGAUAAUAUUGAAAUCGAUUGCCCACAUCGACAAGAUUAUUCAAGCGACUCAAUCGAAAUUGAGGAUGUGAAGCUUGUUUCUCCAAACUCAAAAGUGAUUGUGCAUGACUUUAAUUUGAAGAUUAAGCAAGGCAAUCAUGUUGCCUUUGUUGGUGUUAACGGUUCUGGCAAGACAUCUAUUCUUCGUGCUCUUGCUGGUCUAUGGCCUUGCAGUGAAGGACGUAUUUGCAUGUCUCGAGAUGUUUUAUUUUUACCACAAGUACCUUACUUGAUAGAAGGAUCAUUAAGAGAUCAAAUGCUGUACCCAAACACGUCUUCUAUAGAAAGCAAGUAUAAGCACAAAAUGUAA